UUAACUCUCCUGUAGUACCAGUUCGGUUGCGGCUUGAACUUCAUGUGUUCAACUCCUGGCCACCCAGUUUUAGGAGAUCAUGAGGUUUGGGGAGUGGACAGCGCGAAAACAGACUAUGUCCGUUUUCUUGAUGUGUUGCUCGGGAUUUACAGAUUUUAAAAGUCGUCAAUUCAUUCUUUAGUUGACGUCGAAUGUGGCUAGUAGGACCGACCAACACGUAACUUUCAGACCCAGUGCCAGCCGUUGGUGGAGCGGAGAGUCGUCUUCGUACCUCGCCGUUCGAAGAACCCACAAAUAAUUUAGGUUUUACAUCUUAUAAUCUGACUUAGUUAUGUAUACCGGGACAAUGCUGAAGGUAUGCCUGCGGAAAGCUCUCUGGUCGACUGUACAGAAGUUACCGUCAGGACUGAGGCAUUCUCCAGCAGCGGCGGCGGUGGCGCUGAGACUCCCGGGGACAACGCGACACUCGCCGUGCUGCUGGAUGGGAACACAUGGGAGAAACGAGCCCAGGGAGCCGCUCAACUCUCCCAAAAGGGCCAAAGAGUUCAUUUAUCGCCUACACCCGAAUGAGAGGACGUGUUUACUGCAGGAGCUUCAGAUUUUCGAGUCUAAAGCAAUCGCUCAAGAAACUCUGGAGCCGUCAUCGCUGACUGCAGCCCAGAUCCGAUAUGUUUUAUUCCACAACGCUGUCCCCUUUAUCGGGUUUGGUUUCCUGGAUAACGCCAUCAUGAUUGCGGCAGGAACGCAGAUUGAACUCUCCAUCGGAGUCACUCUGGGGAUCUCCACCAUGGCUGCCGCUGCUCUGGGGAAUCUGGUUUCAGAUCUGGCAGGUCUUGGUCUGGCAGGUUAUGUGGAGGCUCUGGCUUCCAGACUGGGGAUGCAGGUUCCUGAUCUGACACCGAAGCAGGCGGAUAUGUGGCAGACCAGGCUCAGCUCUCACAUGGGGAAAGCCAUUGGCAUCACCAUUGGCUGUAUUUUGGGAAUGUUCCCGCUGCUCUUCCUGAGCGAUGAGGAGAAGGAGGAAGAGAGCGGGGCAGAAGCACAGCCCCGCAGUGACGCAGCAUCACACUCCUAACUAUCCACCACAUCUCUAACUGGAUUCUGCUUCAUGUCCACAUUACAAAGGAGUAAUCAACAAUAGAUUCCCUGCCAGGCGACUCAGGUGGCUUUCACAAUCUGGCUCCUCUUGAAUACAAACACAGCAGUAUUACAGAAUAAUUAUUUUUGAUUCCUGGUAUUUAUUGACUUAGGCUGAAUCACAUUCAUUUAUGUUCAGAAAAGAUCAGUCUGCAUCAUGAGAUCCUGUUCCUUAUUGAUUUUUCUAUCAGCUCCUUCAAGAUGGAUUGUUGGAAUUUAAAGAAACACUAAAGCAAUUUUUAUUUCCUUCAUUCCCUAGAGUCUGUUAUCUUAAAACAUUUCAUUUUAAAGCAACAUGUUUAUUAUGAAACUGAUUCAAAUCUAGUUGUUUGAUCAGUGUAACUUCUUUAUUAAAAUAAUUUAUUAGUAUCACCAUGAAUUAUGUGACGAUCCUAAAAAUUCCUGCAUUCAUUUGAUUGUUUUCAUUUUAAAAUGAAUCAGGUAAAAGAUAAUGAUGCCAUGAUGACUGUUAGGAGACUAGAUUGCAGUUUUUCUUUCAUUAGAUCCGUUACAGAACUUGAUUCAGCUGAUUUCUUUAAAGGAGAACCCUAACAUCCUUUUCAAUUUCUUUAAAAAGAAAAGAAAAGAUGGAACUACAUGGAUUUUCUAGUUUAGUUUUUGAUAUUUAGUUGCUGAACAACUCUAGAGGUUGUCUAGUGUGGUUAGCUUUUUUCAGGAUGUUACAUGAACUUUACAUUCUUGAAAAAAGCAACCAGAAAAGUCAAUGAAUGAGAAGCUUGUUAACACUAAUCCAUCUGGUGCCUUCACUUUGAUUAUACUAAGGUUAUAUUUGGUACUCAUUGAUAUUUUGAUUUUGCCACAUGGGUAUAAGGAAAUAAUAGAUAUAGUAGGGUUACAAUGUUUGUUGUACACAAUGGUUUGCCUUUUUGUUAUUCCACUUUCUACUGAGUGACUCUAAGAACAAGCUGAUCUUACCUGAUUCAUAAUUCAAGCAAACCAGUCUGCAGUCAGCUGCUCACCAGUUAUGCUACUUAAAGUUUUCUAACUAUGGUCUUACUACAUCAGAUGUUGCACUGAUUUAGUUUUAAGUUGAGACCUUUGUUGUCUUUGUCAUGACUGGACAUUUUUUUCAAGCACAUUUCAGGGUUUCUUCAGUCAGGUAACAAGCAGUAAGAAGCAACAAGUGGAGGAGGGGCAGUGUUUUAUACUUUACUUUUGCUUAAUGCAAGGGGGAAAAACUGGUCAUUCUUUCUAUCUGUUUGGCAUCUCUUCAUCGUGACUUUAGGAUUUAGGGACAGAUUUGAAAAUGUAACUUUUUUUUAAAACAAUUCGUAAAUCGUCAAAACAAUGACCAGCACAUAUCUGCUGAAUUUAUGCAGCCCCAACAAUGAGAGCACAUGUGAUUCAUUUCUCUUUUCCGGUUCCCAGUAUGACUUUGCUGUUAUGCGGUGAGGUGAUCUGAUACUUAUAAGAAAUAAAAGAAUGCAAGAAUAUUCUUUUGAUUUUCUUAAUUAAGAAUUUGUCAUUAAGUUUAACUUUUUAAAAAACAUUAUUAUUAAUCAAGUGUUUGUCCCUCAAAAAGCACAAAAGCCUCCUGUGAAAGCCGCCUGAGUAGAAGCACUCACCUGGAACUGAGUCUUCCUCUUUCCAAUUAUUCCCCACAAAGGGAGGAUCAACAGCUAGAUGUCCCAUGGACUGAAACCAGUCAGUUCUCAUUGUCAGAAGGCACCGACUGAAAGCAGAAGAUGAACCCAUUUUCAUAUUUAUAAUUGUAUUUGCCAGCUCAACGAUUAUGUCCCUUUUUCCACUCCAAAUAACUUAACAAAAGCACAUUUAUGAAAUUUAUUUUUAUCAUAAAUGGACACUUUAUACUUUUGAAAAACUUCAUCUCAAACACUAUUUAUUUGUAAAGAUGGUAAUCGUUACUUCAGUGGCAAACUCUAAUAGUCACUGCAGAUGAAUAUGAAAAGUCUUGUGCAAGUUGAACCUUUGAUAAAAUAAAGAUGAAACAGAUAUAAUGUCUGCUACCUCGAGAAGUAAUGUUGUCGUGUCUGCAUGAAGAGCUGAUGUAGCUGCAUAUUCUAAUUAAUAUCAGGUAUGUUUUCCUUUUGAGUUUGAUAAGAAAGGAUCCUUGAAGGUUUUCUAUGGCUUGAUAUCAGGAAACAUUCAGUGGUAGGACACACUAUUUAGAAACUGAAGGUUUUUUUUUUUUUUCAGUGUUUAAGGUUGUUCUGUAUCAGCUUGUUUUCUUUUGUGUUCGGCUUCUUUCUUUCCUACAUGCGCUCAACUUGAGUCCCACCAUCUGUGUAUUUUAGUUCUGUGGAAGUGAUCACAGUGGAAGCUCCAGAUGGUGGAGAUUUUAAUUUCCAAAAACAUUUAUGCAAAAGAAAAAAAAAGAAAGCUGUGCAGACAUUUCUGCAUCCCUCCUUUUGUUUCUGUUUUCUUGAUGUCUUGUACAACAAUACAUCAGCAGAACUUGAAGGUGCUAAUAGUCAAAACUGCAAAAAUGUUUUUCAUUCUUUGUUUUUAUGUUCAGGCAUUUUAUAUGUUUAAUAUGUUCAUAAUUGUGCCUGGAUUCCAAACUAUAAAUGCAGGUGCAUUUCAGUGAAUUAGAAUAUCAUUGUAGAGUCAAUUUAUUUCAGUAAUUCCAUAGCUUCUUGUUUGUUGUUUUCUAUGAUUUUAUCUUAUGGUUAAUAAAACCCCAAAGUUAAUUAGGUUUUAGCAUCACAUAAGGGCUAUAUGAUCAAGGAGAAAUAAGGAUUUUUAAUGCAGUAAUCUCAGCUUGUUGAAAAGCAUACCUUUAUUAUUAAUUGUAUAUCCUCUCAAUACUUGGUCAAAGACCGUUUUGCAUGAAUUACUGCAAUAAUAUAAAUUGUUGCAUUAAAGGAAAUCAUUGAGGCACUACUGAGGUCUUAAGGAAGCCAAGGUUCCUUUAAUGGCAGCUUUUUUUCUGUAAUUUUAUUGAUAGAUUUUGUCUUUUCUUCCAUCAAAUUUCACAUUGAGAUAUUUUGAAUAGCCAGGUUCUUUAGCAAUGACCACUGACGACUUAUUCUACUGUGAAAAAUCUUAGACUCAGUUGGACAGGUGUAAUCUAUCAUCUGAAUCUUUCCUGUGAUUUCGUCCAGACUAUAACAUUUCUGUUUCAAAAACAACUUUUCUUUUAAUCAAUUUAAAUUAUCAGGAAUAAAGUUGUUGGUUUCAUCAGGUGAGAGCCAAACUAAUCAUAGCUUUAAGUAGCUCAAAACCUUUUUGAUGUUCUAAUUUAUUGAAAUGCACCUGGAAGAAAAGUCACAUAUAGGAGACUGAAGUGGAGAAAAUCCCUUUUCAUUAAACUAGUGUAGUUGAUUGUAGAGUAGUUGGUCUGAAUUAUUUUUAGUUUAUGCAGAUGGUUUUUUGUUUGUUUGUUUUUUCUGGUGAUGCAGGCAAGCAACAAAGAACAAGAGCUCCAGCCUAAAUUAUUGUUAUAGAUUUACAAUAAUUGAUUCUCUUCUGAGCUGGAGAGAAGCUGAACUGGUUGUUAAAACUUUGUGUUGGAAUUAUAAAAUCAAUUAUAUGAGCCUUAGGAUUCAGAGCAUAUCUAGUUCACUGAGACAUUUAAAAAUCUGCUUGACUGUUAUGUAAGGAAGUGUGAGGAGCUGAGAGGCAUCUCAAAUUGAUCUACUGGAUCCCACAUUCCUCAAUCUUUAUGUAUUUUUUUAGGCUCAGCUAACAUUUAAUGUAUAAAAUUUGACCCAAUAUUUUUGGAAAGUUAAAUCUUAUCAAAAUGCAAAUAUGUUAUUUGUAAUUGUAUCUACUUUAUUGAACAGAUUAUGUAUUAUUAGAGUGAUGAGUGCAAAUUGUGUGACUAAAAUAAAGACUUAAAAGCUAAGAGACGCUGAUGUGAGCAUGAAAACAACUGCAGGAGUUAAAACAAAGAGGGAGAUUACUUUGUUCCCUUACUUUUGUACCUUAUUCUGAGGAAGAUUUCUUCUGAAGGAUAAUGAGCAAUUUAUCGUUUGUUCAGGUUUUGUAUUAAAUUGUUAGAAGUUGGGACAAAAUAAGUAACGUGCCGAUUGUCAGCAUGAGCAACCUGAUUUGUUUCCUUUUGCAUCAAGUUUACAUUAUGCUUGCUUGUUUUUUCAGAAUUAAUAUAAAUGCAAUAUUUGCUUGAUUUAAAUAAAAAUGUUUGAAGUAUAUGAAUUAGAAAUAUUCUUUUGUCAAAGGAAUGCAAUGUUGUGCUGCCAUCUUGUGGUCAGUCUAGAACAGCAGCGGCCACGCAGAAAAACAUGUUUGUACUAUAGAAACUGUUCUGUCUACACAGUGUUUUUGCAGAAUUGUGUGCAACAAAAUAAUAUAAUAAAUAUGAGAAUGUUUACUCA